GCAGCGGCUCAUUUUGAGAUGUGUUUACGUGGAUUUCUGCUGACCAUCGCGAUUAGCGCAGUUUUGAGCGCUCCACAAAAUAAACAGAUAACACAAACGAAUACAGCUGGUGGUGGGCUGGCGGGUGUGGCAGCGCGAGUGCAAGAUCCAAAAUGCCUACAGCCUAAGGAGCCUGGUCCGUGUCGCAUGAAUCUCGAUCGCUUCUACUACAAUGCGCAAACAAAUGCCUGUGAGCCCUUCAAAUUCGGUGGCUGUCGUGGCAAUGACAAUAAAUUUGGCUUCUUGAAGACCUGUGAGGAUGCUUGCGUGGUAGCAAAAACAACGGCAAAUAAUGCUGCCGCCAAUUCGAAAGCAUCUGCAGCGGCCGUCGGUCCCAAGGCAGCAGCUGCGAUUGCACCCAUAUCGACGACAACAAAAUCACCAAUUGCAGCACAGUCGCGACCACAACCAGUGAAACCGAUUAAAUGAAGCAAAUCGUUGACUACUAAAUACAUAUCAAAUGGGCUUAGUUAUGUUUUCAAAAAAUCAGAAAUAAAAGCUGAAAAGUGAUUAAUAAGCAAUUGAGA